CUGAAGGCCACAGCCUCGUUGUGAGAUGACAACAAGAAUGCUAUGGCGGCGGGCUCUGGCGUGCGAGCUCCAACGAUGAGAGAAACGCUAUACAAAAGUGAAAAUGGAGUGGAUGACUUUGACACGGCUUCUCAGGAAAGUAGAGACGAAAGUGUGGAAAGAGAGCCGGGGUUUGUGGAAGACCGAUUUCGGGUAGACCGCAAGAAGUUAGAGCAAAUGCUACAACUGGUGCCUGGAGAUGCACACGAAGAAAAUGCUGAAGAUUUUUUUCAAAGGGUAAUGGAAGAGACCAGUACUCAAAUCACGUGGCCGUCCAAGCUGAAGAUAGGGGCUAAAUCCAAGAAAGAUCCCCACAUCAAGGUGGUGGGUUUUCCUGAAGAUGUGAAAGCAGCCCGCUCCAAAAUUAUGAGCAUCUUAGACACAAAGAGCAACAGAGUGACCUUAAAGAUGGAUGUCUCACACACUGAGCACUCCCAUGUGAUUGGCAAGGGAGGCAAUAACAUCAAGAAGGUAAUGCUAGACACAGGCUGUCACAUCCACUUUCCAGAUUCCAAUAGAGGAAUCAAUGUGCAAGAAAAGAGCAACCAGGUGUCUAUUGCUGGCCAGCCUGCAGGUGUUGAAGCAGCUAGAGCUCAGAUCAGGGAUCUGCUACCACUGGUUUUGAUGUUUGAGUUGCCAGUGACCGGACUGUUACAAGCCUUACCUGAUGUCACCUCUCCUUGUAUACAGCAACUGCAGCAGAUGUACAAUGUCACUAUCACAUUCAAGCAACGGCCCAGGAUGUAUGUGACUACAGUAGUGGUUCGAGGCUCAGUGAUUCAUGCCAAAGCCGUCAAAGAGGCUGCAGGCCGAAUUAUGGAACAGUUUACUGGCAGCGCCAACCAUCCUGUCAGCAUGCAGCUAGAGAUUGCACCGCAACACCAUAUGUUUAUCAUAGGACGAGGAGGAAUCAACAUCAAGCAGAUUAUGCAGCGUACUAACUCCUCUAUACUAUUUCCUGAUCCCAGUACGGCCACCCCGCAGCGCCGAGGGACCGUAUACAUCACUGGUUCUAUUGAGAGUGUGUCGCUGGCUCGGCAACAGCUGAUUGGUUGUCUUCCUUUGGUGUUGAUGUUUGAUGUUAAGGAGGAUGUGGAACUGGAUCAAGGUCACAUAUCUCAACUGAUGGAGCAACUAGAUGUAUACAUAAGUGUUAAACCCAAACCCAAGCAACCAAGCAAAUCUGUGAUUGUAAAGAGUAUUGAGAGGAAUGCCUCCAACAUGUACCUGGCCAGACUUUUGCUAUUAGGACUGCGCCCAGAAGGAUCAAGCAGUGGUACAGUGAAAACAGUUUCUAAUGGAAUCUUUGCAUCUCAAAGCUCAUCUGGUCUUGGACUAUCUACUCUAGGGUUCCUUGGUCAGAGUCUGCUGAGUGUCAACACAGCCAGUUCCCUUUUGCUGGUGCCAGGUCGUCACAGUCCUGCUCUGGGAAGCCCACAGGCAUGUACAAGUCCAAAUCCCAACCAGUGGCUCCAGAAUCCAGGUUUCUUUGCUCCAGUGAUGGUCAUGGGACCAGCCUCUUCAUGUUCUCUCCAAACAUUCGACUCGGUGCCUCCAUGCAACGGUUUUCAGAAAGACUUUUGUGUCAGUUCUCUUGUGCAGGUGCCUACUGUACAUAGCAAAGGUCCCAGCAGUAAAACCAGUGAGGUGACAAGUGCAGGUCCCAGCCCAUGUUCCAGCCCUACACCUAUUGGCCAUAGGCACCAAGCAACAGUUGACCUUAGUGCACUUCAGUCUGUGGGGACAAUAGAUGAUGUCAUCACUCGUGACACAUCAAGUCUCAGCAGUAGCGGUCACACGCUGGAUUUGCUGGGUCUUAGCAAAACCACUUCAGUUCAACAGCAAUCUUCUCUCUUCACUGGCCUGCCAUCCAGACUACAAAAUGGAGAAAAAUCCUCUGAGUCAUCAGGAACAGACUCUGACACUUUGGACAAGUUAGGACAGGGAAGAGAACACAAAAACUCCUCAUCCUCCCUUUUCAACUCCCCACUGCCCUUCCCAUUUGACUACGAACAGAAAAAACUGCUGGCCAUGAAAGCCAUGCAGAAAAAGCCUGAAGGGGAAUCCAGAAUCCCAACAGAUAUAUGGGCAGGCUUGGGCUUCUCCAAGUCCAUGCCAGAGUCGGCCAUUCGUGAAAAACUUGGUCAGAUGGGCAUCAGUGCCAGAUACCCUGAUGCCAGCAUGACACCCGAAGAAUACCAGACACAGCAGGAACUAGAUUUAAGCAUAGACAGAGACCCAUGGAAAGACAGCAAACCAUGUGGACAUACUCCCCCACUUAACCGUGCACCUGGCGAGUUUCCCAGUCCAAGAAAAAAAUAUGAAUAUGGACGAAGCCCUUGCAUACCAGCUGAGAACAGUAUUGGAAAGACUGACCUUGUGGAGGUUUUCAGUGACUUAGGUCUGGGAAAGUACACAGACCUUUUCCAGCAGCAAGAGAUCGACCUGGCUACAUUUUUAACCUUGACAGACCAGGAUCUUAGGGAACUGGGAAUUUCCACUUUUGGUGCUCGACGUAAAAUGUUGUUGGCCAUUGCUGAUAUGAACAAGCAACGGACUCUGCAGCAAGCUCAACCCAGUCUCUCUACCCCUACUUCCAGCACCAAUACCAGCAACAACCCGUUUCAGGCAAACGGCGCCACUUCAAUAAUGAACCCCCGCCGCCCAGAUCUUGCCAGCCUCAGUGGUCGCUGGUGACAACAACGACGACGAAUUUUUUUUAAAAAGGAUUUCAUUUUCUUUUGACAAAAAUCUUGGAACUACUUGCAUGUGGACCUACUGUAACUGCAGUAUCUGUGUACUGUGUGAAAAUUGUGAGUGUUGCAGUAUGCUCUGGAUAGCUUUAUGAAUGACUGGAACUGAAUGAAUUCACAGUCACUGUUUUGUGGGUUCUGUACUUGCAUGCGGACCUACUGUAUCUGAAAUAUCUAUGUACUGUGUGAGAAUAUGCUCUGGAUGGCUUUUUGAUUGACUGGAACUGAACGAUUUCAUGGCUGCUGUUGUGGGUUUCUGUACUUACUUUACUGUGCCAUCGUCUCUAACCCUUUUUUGCUGCUGCAGAGACUGGCAUUAACAAAAGGGGAAGAAUUUUGUUUUGGGACUUGUAUUUAUGAAGCAUGUUAACCCAGUGCUUUAAUCUCUCUCUUUGAGACUAAGAGACACCAUACAGAAUGAAACUGAAAAUCACAGUUGAUGUGAUGUGGUGUUCAUUUUUCUCCAGUGAUUCUCCAGUUGUCAGUCGUCUUGUCUCCAAAUGAAAAGCAAAUUUUGUUCAAGUAUUUGCUCAAAAAUUAGCCUUGAGUCCCAGUCUCUCAGCCAGCAAAAUGUAAAGCAGUUUCUUGCUACUUUUUUGUUUUCUUUUAUUUCUUCAUGUUAUGCUAUUGGACAUUUGCAAUCCAAUCCUUUUAGGAGAAUUCCUGCAAUGUCAUUAUUUCUCAGUAGCUUGUGUAUCGGGAGUUAGUUUUUCUGUCGGAAUAACUGUCAAUGCAAUUUAUGCUGUGGGUAAGCAAAUGAGGCCCAUGAGUAUAAACCCAACAGAUGUUUGUACAGGACAGUCAUUAUCUAAAGAAAGCAGUUUGGAAAUGUUUUUGAUGUACAGGCUAUUUUAGGACAAGUGUUUGAGAAAACUAGAAAAUGCAUUUGACAGCUAAACAAGGUUUUCACAUUUUUACUUAGUUGGGACAAUGUGGCAUAUUUGAUCAAAGCUGCCAUUCUGUUUUUGUGAGGGAGAUUUAUAGACAAACUUUUGUAGUUGGCUUGGCAUGCAGUAAAACCUGCCAUGUGCAGACCCUCUGACCAGCAAGCACCUCCUAUACUAGGAUGCUGUUGGUCCAUGUAGAUCAUCUCUGAUUGGCAGAAAAUGUGAAACAUGGAUGACAACAGAAAUUUUAGGGACAUAGUUUGUCUCGAUAACUGACAACUUUUCUUUUAGCAGUGAGACCUAUUUUCAAGUAGUCAGUGCAGUAGGUUAGUUGGUGUAACAUGGGGUACAUAUAUUUUCACUCCUCAUACAAGAAUUUCUUGCGUAUAGUUGCAGCAGUUUUGCGGCCCUAUGCUCCACUGGGGGUGAUUAGGAACAAGCAGAUUUGCAGCAGUUUCCUGUUUUGUUUUGUUUUUUUAAGCAGAGAGGGAUCAUUUAAUUAAGAGAAAAAAGUUCUUGGGAGUCUGCUGCUGAAAAUAAAAAAAUGUUUAACAUAGCAUGUCAAAAUUAAUAAGCAGUUAGACUGAUCGUAUAAAAUCAUGAUAAAACAAUGGAUUAUGGCAGCAGACCACUGAUAGUGAUAUGGACAGAUUCAGCCAAAAAUUAUUCCAUAAUAAAGAUGGAAAGCAAGGUUGCUGCAACUUCCUAGACUCAAAGAAAAUAAGAUUUUUGAUGUUAUUUUUUAUUUUGCACUCACACUGAAGGACACCUUUGGAGUAGCAAGAUAAAAGAAUUUGUCAUCUGACACAAGAAACUGAUAUGAUUGCACUUUUCUCCCACUCUUCCAAACCAAAUCUUAGAUUGUCCUAUGUUUGCAGAGAUCAGAGACCAUGCCUUUGUUUCUUAAGAUUUUCCUGUCAUGGCUCACCAACUUUUACACGUUGCCCAUUUCAUCCAAGAUAGUUGCUUCCAUGUACUUAGUUCGUGGUAAUAUAUAUGUGAAAGCACUUGAUAACCUGCUAACUUUUGUCCUUUUAUUGUAUUUGGCAUCAAGGUGCUAUAACACACUCACGUCUUAUUUUAAGAGUCUGUGCUGUCUUUCAUUUGGAAUACAGAAUCCCCCAACAAGAGGACAGCUGUCAUGUAAGGACUGUGUUGAGCUGACGUAAGGCUCACUUCACAUUGCAGGUUUUACUGUACAUGAAACAGGGGAGCAAACCUCAGUUGUUUGUAAGAAAGUUAAGAGGUUUCUAGGUUGUCUUACAAGGACAGAGGUUUUAUCUGACGUUGGAAUAUGUGUAUCGACACUAUGCAUGUUGUAAGAUUUACAUCCAUAAAGAGCUUAUGCACAUCUAGUUGAGAUAGAUCAAUAUCCAACACUUUUUAAGCAGAUAAGAUCUCUGGAAAUGGGAGGAGUUAGAGUGUGUGUGCAUGUGUGAAGAUUUAGGGGGGAUCUCCACAGUUAAGGAGAAUUUAGGAGAGAUUUAUUUUGUUGAGUUUUUCAAAGCAUUAAUCUUUCAUCAUGGUAGGUGACUCAGCAGAACUGGUCUUUCCAGCAUGAUGUGAAUUUUGAUUCAUGAUAUGGUGCUAGUUUUGACCACCACAGGUCAACCUGGCUCGAGCCAUCCAUUGACAUACCUGUAUCUGUCUCUUGACAUACUUGUAUUUGUUUUUUUGAUUUACCUGCAUCCGUCCAUUUGCACCAUUUAGCCGUCCAUUAUUCUUAAUCAUGUAUUUUAUAAAUGUUUUACAAAUCUGGUCCGUCCACCAAACAAAGUUGCCUGCAUAAGGCUUGUGGCAAUGCUGAUGUAUCAUUUUAAUAUACAUGGCUUUUUUCCAUCUAGCAUCAGUGACAGCUUAUUUCUUUGUAAAAGUUCUUGUGGCUGACUUCAACUUGUGUGUGAUGAAUCUCCUUGUUGCUGACAUCUUCACUGUUUGUAGGGUGUAACCUUUAACAAUACUGCCAUAGUUGUUUGCACCACUGAAGGUUAUAAAUCCCUGCAUAACUUUACAGCGCAUAAUAUUGAUACUUAGCAUCAUUGCACCAAGAUCGAUAAUUAACAUUGCUUCAUGCCUUCCAUAAUGUAAUGUGUAACUCAACAUUGAACAUCAUUACCUGAAUGAAAUAAAUGACUUCAUCGAUGAGUUAACAUGUCUUGAAGGCAUCACUAGGGCUACACAGCACUCAUUUGAAACAUACAUGCCCUACAAUUUGGAAGUCCACAGUAACAGCAGAAAAGUAUGAAUGCAACAAUUAAAAACUGUAAAUAAACAUGAAACAAAGAAUUGGGCAAAUGGGUUCUUGCCUAUUAUAAAAAUAUAAAUUAUGAAAAAAAUGUCUUUAUCCCCAAAUUGCCUUCAGAGUUGACACAUUAUAAAGGAAGUGAGGUGCAAAAAUAAAGUUAAAAAAAAAAA